AUGAGAACAAGUGCUGUAAAGAAUGAGACAUGGAAUCGUGCAAUGAUUCCUCGCUCUCUACUAAUGCUAAGUUUGAUUUUACUUUGGACUGUUGCCUUUGUCGAGUCAAAGAAACAACAAACCAAGCCAACUAAAUUUGCCAAGAUUGUUUGCCCACCUAAUUCAAACCUCACUUACACGUUCAAAACCACUUCCUUAAUUGGAAAUCGUGGUCUUGCUUCAAGUAAGAAGGGUUCUUCUGGAAAUGUUGAAACUCAACUUUCUGGUGAAUUGGUUUUAACUUGUCCAUCCAGAAAAACCAAUGAAAAGUCAGGUCUCAUUGAUAAGAGUGCUAAGAAUAAGAAUGUUAUUCUCCUCACUUUCAAUCAAGUAUCCUUCCUCCAAUUUCAAGGUUCUUCAAAGGGUGUCAGUGGUAGAAAAUAUCGUCGUCUUUUAACUUCAAAAGAUAUGACCAAGAAAAUGAACGAAUUUCCAAUGAUUUUCAUUCAAUCAAAGACUGGUCAUAUUCAAAAGAUGGUUUUCAGACAAUCUGAAACUCGUUAUAUUCGUUCUUUAAAGAAGGGUAUUCUCAGAUUAUUCACUACUGAAACUAGACGUCAAUCUCGUUCUCAAACUGAUGGUGUAUUGGGCAAGUAUCGUCAAAAUUAUCACAAGCAAUUUAGACGUGGAGUUGUCUCUAAGAAACGUAAAGGAUUGGCAAUUUAUCAAAAAUUCACUCAAGAUGAUUUCAUUUCAUUCCUCCCUCCAAGUAAGAGACAUUUACAUUAUGAAGGUGCUCAUCUUGUUAGUGUUUCCUUGAAAAAGAAGGUGAUUAGAAAGGCAGGUUUGAGAUUGAAGGUCACUUUUGGUCCAUCAAAGGAAGUUCACUAUGCUUUUAAGGAAUUUGAAAGAAUUGCUCAUUCAAAGAUUAAGAAGGAUGAUUUAGUUGAUAAUGAAUCCAAGUCAAAUGAAUUGGAAACUCUAUUUGUUGGAUCUGUAAAGCUCAAAAAGGCAGAAAAGACAAGUCAAGAUUUGAAAGAAGAAAUUGGACAAGUAAUUAUCAAUUUGGAAAAGAAUGGUCGUGAUGCCAAGUUGGGUUCUCAAUUCCAAUUUGAGAAUUCUUUCAUGACUAACAAGUAUGAUAAGAAAGCUAUGAAUCAAAUCAAUAGAAGACGUUUCUCUACUAAAUUCUUCCGUCGUUUGCUUAAUGCUGCCAAGACAGAUCCAUCCUUGUCAAGAAAUGCUAAUUCCUUACUUUCAGCUCUUGCCAAGUAUAGCAAAUUGCAUCCAAUCAAGUCUGCCAAGAUUUUGUUAAAUGAAUUGAAGAAGGGUGUUGACAAGUUACUCAAUUCAAAUGACAUGACAGAAAAGCAAAAGAUUUCUCUCAAGAAUUAUUUGGAAAGCGUUCAAAACUUGGUUGCUACUAUUAGAUCUACUCCAAUUCAAGAAAAACUUAUCAAACUCUCUACUUUGCAUCCAUAUUUGGCUAAAAAUUACAUUUACUCAUCCGUAGUUGUUCCAACUCCACCAAAGUCUGCCUUCUCUUUCUUAAAGCUAUUGAAAUCAAAGGGCCUUAGCGCAUUCUCUCGUAGAGGAAACAAAAAGUUCAAAUUCUCAUCUCAAAUGAAUGAAGAUGUCAAGAAGAACGCCUUCAUGGCCUAUGCUGACCUCGCUCACAGAAUUAGAGAUAACAGAGUUCAACAACAUAUUGUCAAGGAAAUUCUUACCAAGAUUUCUGCUUCAACCAAUUUGAAUGAACUCCAAACUUAUAUUCAUGCUUUGAAUAAUGCUGGUAAAGGUGUUGAUAUUGAAAUUAUCAGAUCAUUCUUGACUGAUAAGAGAAUUCCAGACACUAUUAAGGUUUUACUUGCUGACAAUUUGAAGAAGCGUCAAACUGAUGAAAGUGCUGUCGAUAGUUUGAUCAAUUCAUUGGUUGUUACUAAGGGUUUGAGCUCUGUUGUUAAGGCCUCUCUCAUCAAUGCUCAAACUGAAAGAGAAAAGCAUCUCAAAUCGGGUGCUUCAGUUACCCACUUUUCUAAGGCCCAUAAGAAGAAUAAGAGCGAGGAAAUUAGAACUGCUGUCAAGAAUUACUUGUACACUGUUGGUACUAAACAAUCAGGUGAACAACUUUCAAAGGCAUUAAAGAUCAAGAAUAAGACCUCUAAUGCUCUUGCUAAAAAGGUCAAGAAAUUCCAAUCCAGCAUUGAAUCCCGUGCUCUCCUUUCUCAUGAAGAUUUGACACUUUUAGAAGCCUUUGAUGAAAUGGAAAGAGCUCAAGUUUUGGGUAUUGGAAGAUUUUUCAGAAGAUUGGGUUCCAGAAUUAAGAGUGCUGCUAGAGCUGUUGGUGGUGCUGUCCGUAGAGCUGCAAGGGUUGUUGGUAGAGGUGUUGCAAGAGCUGCCAGAGCUGUAGGUAGAGCAGUUGUUACAGGUGCCAAAGCUGUUGCUAAGGGUGUUGUUAAAGCAGCCAAUUGGGUCAAAGAAAAGGUUGAAGCAGCUAUUAAUGCUGUAACGAAUGUUGUCAAUAAGAUUAAGAGCUAUUUCGGUCCUGCCACCUUUGCAAAUCAACAAGCUUGCAUCAAAGUUAGUGUUGACAGUGAAAUGUGUUUGAGAGAAUCAACAUUCAUUGAAUUCAUUAGAAAACAAGGUGACAUGAGUACAAUUAAGAAGGCCAAACAUUUCAGUUUCGAAGCCCUAGUCGGAUGUCAAAGUAUUAAUGUUUACACUGGUUUCCUUGUCUAUGCAGGUGCUUCAUUCGAAUGUAGUGCUGAAAAUAGUGGAAUUGAUAUUCUCUUGUUGGCUAAAGCCAAGUUAAAUGCUAAGCUUUUCAGUAAGGAAUUUGUUGUCAUUGAUGGUAGUGCUGAAUUGACCAAGAGAGGUGAACAACCAUUAACUGAUAACAUUUAUCUCAAAGUUUUCCAAACUACAUUUGUAAAUGGUAACUUUGUUCCUGAAAAGAUUAGAAAGGUCAUUGAUGCAUGUUUCUCUGAAACUAAACCAAUCUUUGAAAAGAGAUUCCCAAAGCUUUUCAGUUACAAUAUCCAAAUAAUGGCUGGACCUAUCCCAAUAUCCUUCAAUUUUAAUACUGCUUUAAACACAGGAGUUGAGUUGAAAUAUGGUAUCUGUCUUGCAAAAUUGGAAGCCAGUUCUUCAUUGGAGCCAUACGUUUCAUUGGAACUUACAGGUUCUGCCUCAGUUGGAGUGCCAGUUGCCAAAGCUGGAAUCAAAUUGACUGCAACCAUUACUUACAGAAUUAUUCCACGUAUUGCUUUUGAAAAGUGUAAUUUGUGUGCCAUGUUGCAACAACGUUUAGAUGGUGUGAAGUUUGAUGUAGGUUUGUCUGCAACAUUCAUGAAAUGGACAAAGAAUUGGGAUUUCUACUCAAAGCAAACAAAGCCAUACGUCAAGACCUUAUUCGAAAAGUGUGUUAGCUCAACUGGAUAUAAGCCAUCCAGCAACGAUUCUCCUCUCCAAUUUACUAACAAACGUGAUUCAGAACAACCAGAAGCUGCUGCUUCUACCGAUAGUAGUGCUCCAGAACAGAAUCCACAAGGAUACAAUACUGAAGGUGCCCCAAGUACUAAGAAUGUUGCUACUGAAGGUCCAAGUAAAUUGAGAAAGAAGGUUGGUAGUGCAUUGUCAAAGAAGGCCACUUCCUAUCAAUCCAUGUUUGGUCCAAAUGCUGAAAAGAUUGCAGUUUCUGGAGGUGCUCCACCAAAACCAAGCAAGCAAACUUUGAGAAGUCCAGUCACCAGUCAAAGAGAUGUUGUCUGGUCAACUGCAUUCUUGAAGCAAAAGGUUCCAGCUGCAGCUAUUAAGGAUCUAGGACUUGAAAAGUUGAGAAGACUUCCAAAGGAAUACUUUGAGAUUAAGAGUGAAGAUAGAGCAAAGAUUCCAAAUGAAAUUUUGCUUCUCCCACCUGCUGAUUUCAUUAAAUUCCUUGGAAAAUUACCAGAUCGUUAUCAAAAGUCAACUGAAACUGAAAUACCAAGCAAUGCAUCUGUCAAGGUUUGGUCUUCUGAAGUUUUAGAAAAGCAAAUUCCAAAGCAAAUUUAUAGUAAGGUUCCACUCAGAUAUUUGAGACACUUGUAUCCUGAUAUUCUUCAAAUCCGUAAACGUGUCAUGUUACAAAUCCCAUCAACAUCCUAUACUCAAGGAAAUAAGGGAAUUGUCACUUGGGUCUGUAAAAAUUAUGGUGAUUUGUGUAAGACUUUAGUUGAAUCUAUCAAGAAGAACGAAGAGGUUGACUAUUCUGAUUUGCUCAGUUUGAUUCCAGCCGAACAACCAAAAGUUGUCUCCUCGAAAUCAUCACCAAAAUCAAACAACUCAACUAAGGCAAGCAGAAAUCCUAAAGGAAGAGAUUAUUUCUCAAGAGGAAGACCAGUUGAACUCGACAUCGAAUUCCAUAGAAUUAAACAAUAGAUAACGUUUCAUGAAUAAAUUUCAAUUAAAUUC